AUGAGUGCCGUGCAAGCGUCCGCUCUCAGAACGACAUUCGUGACGCCUCUACCCUCCUCCUCAGCGUCAUACCGUAAUCGGGUAACCCUAUGUCGCACAGCCACAUCACCGUUUCUGCAAUCGGAGCCGCGACGCAUCGCGCGGCAAACGCAAUGCCGCGCGAAUCGCGGCAGAGAUAUCCCGGACACGGAUUGGAUGACGAGGACCGACCCGUGGGAGCUGCUAGGCGUCGCGGAAGGGUCCUCCGUCGAUGAGAUUAAAGCAGCCUUUCGCGCCAAGAUCAAGAACGUCCAUCCCGACGUGUACCGAGGGGAGUUAGACGCUGAGGCGAUCACAACCCGCCUCGUGCUCGCCUAUGAGUUGCUUCUAGAGGAGGUGGAGAAUCCCACGGGAGGCAGAAGAUGGAGGAGAGAGGAAGAGGAAGAGGAAGAGGAGGGGGAUCUCUGGCCCUGGGUCAACGAAAUUCGUUGCCUUGGUCAAUCCUGUCGCUCCAGCUGCAUAGUGACAGCGCCCUUCCUCUUCUCCUAUGCGGAGGACACAGCCAGGGCCCGUGCCAUGUCCCCUGAUGCCUUCCAAGGGUGGACAGUGGGAGGGGAGACUAAGGACAGGGCUCGUUACUGUGUCAACCUGGCUGUGGGACAAUGCCCAGAGCUUUGUAUACACUAUGUAACGUCCGCACAACAUGCUGAACUAACUGAGAAGCUUCAAGG